CCAAACACAAACAACAUACACACCCAUAAAGUUAUCAGACCCUUUACUCUCUCCCCCUCAUUUCUUUUGACUGCAGACCGAUUCCAAACACCCACAUAGAAAUACAUUCAUACUACAUCAGUUUAUCCCCAAAGCACACCCACACCACCUUUACCCCUCUUGAUUCUUCUCUACAACACAGCCGCACCACACCAACUUCUCCCUCUCGUCUCUCAUGUACGGCGACGGAGCCGGAUUCUGGUCGGCGCUCCGAUGCCCCUCCUUCUCCGGCGAGCUCACACCACACCACACCUCCACGCAACCCCAACCCCGGUUCUCCUUUAACACCCCACACAAACUCCCACUGUUCAUUUUUCCGGUGAGGUUUCACUGGUGAAACACCCCCAACCCACGACAGACCUGGGUUAUCAGCACCAAUGGAGAGAGAGAGAGAGAGAGAAGGGACGAGAGAAAGAACGGCCGGAGGUAGUGGUGGUCGACGGUCGGAGCUCCAGCCGUCGGAGAACAUUGGACGACAGCACUGCAACUAUGGUGGUGAGUAUGUUUUGAUUCAGUUCUGGUUCGGGUCACAUCUCGGCUCAGAUUUGAGAGGUGCUCGAGUCGGAUUUGGGGGUAUGCUCGGUUCAGGUUUAAGGUGUGUUCGGUUCGGGUUCGAGUUAUGUACAGUUUCGGGUUCGCAUCAGAGAGCUUGGGUCACGUUUCAACGGCUCGAGUCAACGGUCAACAGAAGUCAAAGCUGGUCAACAUCAAGUCAUGGCUCGGGUUUGGUCAACUCGGGUCAGAUUAGGAAGAGGUUCGGUCAAACUCAGGUCAACAUUAGUCAACUCAGCCGGUCAACUCAGUUGACUCGGUCAGCUCGACUUUCGACACGAGAAGAUGGUUGCAUUUCAAAAUUAUGGCACGAUUGGAAUAAGAGAACCAUGUGGAGUCGAGUACUUAGUGGCGUUCGUUUCCUAGAAGUCUUAGCUAUAUUUGCUUCCGCUGUACAAUGAAGAUACCAGUCCAGUCACGCCAAUGCUCUGAUAUUUCGGGGUGUGACAGCAAUGAACAUGGCUACAUGAUCGUAAUUAGGUAGGUGUUAAUCCCUCAAAGGGCACCACUGAUGUAAUAUCAUAAUUAGGAUAAUUUGGGAUGUCCAUUCAGUUUACAAAAUGAGUUUACGCAUACGUUCUUGAAUUAUGUCCUUAAAUGACGAUAAUGCCCUUUUUGCACCUAAAAUGGUUUAAAAGCAUAAUUUUCAUACAAAACCUUUUUUACUAAUGAUAUGUUAUAUUAAUUAACAUAUUUGGAUCAUAUAGACCUGGUCAUAACAUCCGUUUUCCUUAAACAUCGUAAACAUCGUCAUUUAACGACUUUAACGUCGUUUCGGCGCGUAGUAUGGUUUUAAACCAUAACUACCAACCAAGACUUAUUACCUACUGAUUUUAUAAAUCAUUUUAAAUAUUUUUACAGUAGGCACAUGAUAUAAACUCAGAUUCCCAAAUUAGCUUUCAAAACUAUUUGUGAAAUUACCAAAAUGCCCCUACAGAGCAUAGUUUGGUCUUAAACUAUAAAACACACAUAUGUUUGAUAUCCUACUGAUAUUAUAUCAUAAAUAAAGUGUUUUCACAGAACGUCUAUGGUCGUAACAUCAGGUUAUACGCAAGUUCCUUUUAUACGUCACUAAAUGACUAAAACGCCCUUUUGAGGCAUAGUUUGAUUUUAAAAUCUUAUCGGGCAUACAAGUUGAUAUCCUACUGAUAUUAUAACUUGUUUAAAGUAUAAUGGCAUAUGGAACUUGUUCAUGACUCAUCUGGUUACUCGUUAUCGCUUAUACGCGUACGGGUAGACUUUCGUAACUAGUUUACGUAAGUUCACCGAAACGGGUUUAACCUUAUCGUUUUUAUCUCAAACUCUAGAAUGUUAAUAGUUUACCCAUAUUAUACAAGUCUCAGUACUUUUUGGGUUUAAACUACAUUCUAUACCGGUCAUCGCUUAAUCAAGCUUAUCGUACCGUUUUUUAUACUUUAAGCUAGCCGGUCUAAGUCUAUGACUUACAUAUCACCUGUUAGCAUUCUAAUUGGUUAUUUAUACCAUCAUUCCAGACGAGAGCCUUUCGGUAAAUUGUACCUAUGCUUACUUAAUUGAAUACGGCUGAGUUGUUAUAAAUCUUGCAUUAUAAGACGAGUGAUAGCUCAGGUAAAUACUCUUAACCUAUUUUCCCUUAUACAGGCUUGGGAUACGGUAAAAUAAUUACCACAUGGUUGGGUAUGGGAUUCGAAGACCAAUGUGUCGGGAAAUUCAAAUAACCCGUUUUAAUUCGUAUUGUUUAACUUAAACAUUUGGGGGUUAAUGCGACCGUGUCCUGGAUAUCCUUGACUCAGUUAAUUGUAAGUGGCCACGACCUAAGCACGGGGUGUAGGCAUACACCCGACAGAUGUGAUAUGGUUUAUUAAAUAAUUUUAUACCCAAUAUGGGUUUCCCAAUAAGGGAAUAAGUGGUGUGUCGGUUAGUCAUGAACUGGCAUAGUUUCCGGGCCCUGUAUGUAUGUCAAGUUAUGUAAAACUGUUAACAUGAGAUAUAAUUUGUCCCAAGUAUAAAAGAUCUUUCGUGCCUUGUGCACCUAAAUCAUCUUUUGAAAAUAUUUUCAAAUGUGUCGGUUGAUUGUAUAUACCAGUGAAAACUGACGUAUUUUCAAAAGAUUAAGUGACAGGUACAAAUACGUAAAUAGGCUGGAAGCUGCUCGGAUUUGUUAGACGAGGAAUUUGCAACUCCUUCGCUUAAGCCAUUAGUCUGAUGUUCUUCUUUUGUAUCUAAUGAUCCGCAUGUGGAUUAUUACAUGCUCGUCUGUACUUAUUACUUUGGUAUUUUCAGACAAUUAAGUUUGUAAUAAUAUUUU